UCUGCAGUCGGCAACUCUCACCUUAUUCUCGAAUCUUCCAUUCUGAGCUAUCGCUUUUGGUUGAACUUGAAGGUCUCAUCGUAAUGGAUGGUUCAAAGAUGCAUGGUGCUGUGUUGGCAUGUACAGAUGGAGCUGUUCUUCCGGUUAGUCAAGUGUUUGAUGCAAUUAGAGAGCUGGGGAAUGAAGGGAUUGAACAAUGGGAUCCACUGGUUCUUACAUCUGCGUCACUAUUAAGCAAGUUGCCCUUGGAAUCUUCCUCUGUUGAUUUUUUGGUUUUAAUCUGGCUGUCAAUUGAUUGUCCCACCGACCAACUGAUUCAGGAAAUUCUUAGAGUGUUAAAAGUAAGUGGGACAGUUCUUAUUCGCAAGUCAUCUCAGUCUGCUGUGGGUUCAGUUGAUAAGCUGAUAUCUGAUCUUCAAAACAAGUUAUUGUUAGCAGGAUUUUCAGAAACACAAGUCUUACAGUCAACUGGGAUCAAAGCUAAAAAGCCUUCAUGGAAAAUUGGUUCAUCUUUUGCGAUAAAGAAGGCAACACCUAAAGUGCAAAUUGAUGUUGAUUCAGAUCUGAUCGAUGAAGAUAGUCUUUUGACGGAAGAAGAUUUAAAGAAACCCCAGCUGCCACCUACAGGUGAUUGUGAAAUUGGGAGUACAAGAAAAGCCUGCAAAAAUUGCACCUGUGGGAGGGCUCAAGAAGAGGAAAAAGUAUUGAAGUUAGGAUUGACAGCAGAACAGAUUAAUAAUCCUCAAUCAGCUUGUGGCAGUUGCGGACUAGGGGAUGCUUUCAGGUGCAGUACCUGCCCUUACAAGGGAUUGCCUCCCUUCAAAUUGGGCGAGAAGGUAGCACUGUCUGGUAACUUCCUUUCAGCAGACAUAUAAAUGGAUAAAGUUGGGGUAUUCUGAUCCUUCUAGCUGUUUGUGAAGGAAAAAGAACGAUGCCUCUUAGCCUAUGUAUGCUGGGUAAAAAGUCUCGCACUACUUAGUUACAAAAGUGAUGCGAAUAGACUUUGUGACGGUUAUUAGACA